CGAGCACAUAAAAAAACAUGGAAAAAAAUGUAAGUGGGACAGUGGUUUUGAAGUAGGGUGUGUGUGUGUUGUGUGGUAGUGUUAGCCAUCUGGCUGGCGGGCUUCGUUUUGAUGCGUCACAGCAGCGAGGAAGGAGAGAGAGAGAGGAGAAAAAAGGAGAGAGAAGAGGAGGCGGAGAUAGGGAUGGGUUCUUUCGAUCUCCCUUGAAUGUUCGCGUCGCGCACGACUUCUUCCACCCCCUUGGCGAAUCAAUGAGCGAAUGAAGGCGCGCGACAGCGAUCGGAAUCGUGAGUCAGCGAUCGGUGUAUCAUCGCCAGGGAUUGUGGCGAGAGGAGGAGCAGCGAGCGAUCUGGGUCGGGAAUUGGGCGGAUUGGGUCUCUUGGGUCGGCGCUGGAUUUGGAAUUGGACGCGCGCUCGAUCCGGGCUGGAGCGAUAGAGCUUCGGGUGGCUAUGGAGUUUAGCAGUAGCGAUCAGGGAGGGAGUGUCAAGAGACCCAUGGCCUCGAUCAGGCCGCUGCUAAUGCUGCCUCCUCGGGCGCCUGGCGGUGGAGCUAGCGCCUCCGCCGGGGCCUCUUCUUUCUUCUUCAAGGCGCCGGAUGCGAGCCCCAGCCCCAUGACGCUGGCGGCGAGCUUCCUCAUCGAUCCGGACAACGAGAACAAGGCCCACUCCAAUCUCUUGGGCUCCUCGCAGGAUCUGGGCGGCCAUGGCCAGCAGCAGCAACAGCACAUCGCGAGGGGCUCGAGCGGCGGCAACGGCAGCGGCAGCUUCGCGGAGAGAUUGGCGGCGAGGGAGAUGGAGGCGGGCGAUAGAUCGGCAGUGGCCCCUCUCGACAUCGCCGCCUCCUCCUCCUCCUUCACAAUUCCUCCCGGGAUCAGCCCCACCACGCUCUUCGAUUCGCCGCUCUUCGCGAGCAGCCAGGCGGAGCCAUCGCCCACGACCGGAUCCUUCCUCAUGCCCCCGCCGGUCUUCGAUGGCGGCGGCUCCAGGAUGCAAAACCAUCGCUCGCCGGAGGCCAAGGUGGAGAGCAAUCCUUCCAGCGAGUUUGUUUUCAAGCCAAUUGCGAGGCAGGGCUCGGAUUCUUCGUCGCAAUCCUUCCCCGGGCUGCCUUUCGAAUUCCACCGCUCGCAAGCGGCCCCCAUGGCGGUGCCGCUGGGAGCCCAGACGAUGAUCCCGGCGGCGGAGUUUCAACGAUCUCGCUCGAGGGCGGUGGCUCCAGCUCCAUCCGAGAUGGAUGAACACCGCCGGCCAGAGCCCCAACAGCAGCAGCAGCAGCAAGUUUUCGUGGAGCGGCCAUCCGAGGAUGGAUUCAACUGGAGAAAGUAUGGGCAGAAGCAAGUCAAGGGGAGCGAGUUCCCGCGCAGCUACUACAAAUGCACCAGCUCGGGCUGCCCCGUGAAGAAGAAAGUGGAGCGGUCGCAGGACGGACAGGUGACCGAGAUCGUGUACAAGGGCGAGCACAAUCACCCGCGGCCGCAAAAGAGCCGGAGGGGAGGUGGAGCCGGAGCUGGAUCAUCGUCUUCUCUUCUCGGCGACGAUCGAAGCCCGGAGGAUCUCUACGCUAGCGCCGCUGCCGCCAGGAACUCGGAUGAUCCAUCGUCACCGCUCUCGUCAGGCGAGGACGACGGGCAGCAGGCCAAGAACGAGGACGGUGGCGAUGACGACGUCGAGAGCGAUUCCAAGAGAAGGAGGAUUGAUAGCGGCGGCGGAGCGAGGGAGGCGGCGGCCGUCCAGCGGACGAUCCGCGAGCCCCGGGUGGUGGUGCAAACGCCCAGCGAGAUCGACAUCCUCGACGACGGCUAUCGGUGGAGAAAGUAUGGGCAGAAGAUCGUCAAGGGGAAUCCAUAUCCGAGGAGCUAUUACAAAUGCACCAACGUCGGGUGCCCCGUACGGAAGCACGUCGAGCGGGCGUCAAACGAUCCAAAGUCCGUCAUCACGACGUACGAGGGGAAGCACAACCACGACGUGCCGGCCGCCAAGAACAGUGGUGGCGGUGGCGGCGGCGGCGGUGGGCUUGACGGUGGCGGCGGCGGCAGUGGUGGCGGCGGCGGUGGCGGUGGCGGUAGCUUGCAAUUUCAAGCUCUGCAGCAGCAGCAACACGGGAAUCUGGGGAUAUCGGCGACGUCGAUGCAAGACCAGAUUGCGCAGUUUGCGAGGCAAGCGGGGCCAUCGAGCAGGAUGCAGCAGUUUGGAAUGAGGCCCAAGGCGGAGCAAGGUGACGCUGCUUCGCUCCAGCCCUAUGCAAGUACACAUUUUGUAUGUAAUUGAUUCUAUCAAUUCAACCAUGAUGCUUCGAUCUAGAAAA